CGGAGCGUCGGGCGGUGGGCGCUUGGGGGGGCGGCGGGGCUCCUGCCUUCUCCUGCCCGUCGGCGCGUGGUUCCCGGCGGCCCCAACGGCGGGCCAGCCCGGGCCGAGACGCCCUGGCCGCGGCCGUCGCGCCGCACCACCAGCCCGCCGCCGCCGAUCGGGUUCCUCUCGGGGACUUGGACUUGUUGGAGACCUGAUGGCCAAAAGAAAGGAAGAAAAUUUCUUCUCUCCUGAAAAUGCCAAAAGACCAAGACUAGAAUCUGAGUUGGAAGAAGAUUUUGAUAGAGAUGGUGAUGAAGAUGAAUGUGCAGUGUCUUUCACUAAUGGCACCUCUACCUUGACUGCAGCCGAAGUUGGAAUAAUUGAGAGUAUUCAGUUAAAAAACUUCAUGUGCCACUCUAUGCUUGGACCUUUCAAAUUUGGUUCAAAUGUCAACUUUGUCGUUGGAAACAAUGGAAGUGGGAAGAGUGCAGUGCUCACAGCUCUCAUAGUUGGUCUUGGUGGAAAAGCAGUUGCCACAAAUAGAGGAUCUUCUCUAAAAGGUUUUGUGAAAGAUGGACAGAACUCGGCAGAUAUCUCCAUCACGCUGAGGAACAGAGGGGACGAUGCGUACCGGGCAAACGUGUAUGGCGACACCAUCGUUGUGCAGCAGCACAUCAGCAUGGAUGGAAGCCGGUCUUACAAGCUCAAAAGUGGAACAGGCACGGUGAUUUCUACAAAGAAAGAAGAACUGAUUGCAAUUCUGGAUCAUUUUAACAUACAGGUGGAUAAUCCAGUUUCUGUUUUAACACAAGAGAUGAGCAAACAGUUCUUGCAGUCUAAGAAUGAGGGAGACAAAUACAAAUUCUUCAUGAAAGCAACCCAACUUGAACAGAUGAAGGAAGACUACUCAUACAUUAUGGAAACAAAAGAAAGAACAAAGGAGCAGAUAAACCAAGGAGAAGAGCGACUUAUUGAACUGAAGCGCCAGUGUUUGGAGAAAGAAGAACGAUUUCAGAGUAUUGCUGGCUUGAGUACAAUGAAGACAAAUUUAGAAUACCUGAAACAUGAAAUGGCCUGGGCAGUGGUCAAUGAAAUUGAAAAGCAGUUGAAUGCUAUCAGAGAUAAUAUUAAAAUUGGAGAAGACCGUGCUGCUCGCCUUGAACGGAAAAUGGAAGAUCAGCAGGUCAGACUUAAUGAGGCAGAAAAGAACUAUAAGGAUAUUCAAGAUAAACUAGAAAAAAUUAGUCAAGAGACAAAUGCAAGAGCACCAGAAUGUAUGGCCCUGAAAGCCGACCUGACUGCCAAGAAAAGGGCCUUUAAUGAGGCUGAGGUUUUAUACAAUCGUUCCCUAAAUGAGUAUAGAGCUUUAAAGAAAGAUGAUGAACAGCUUUGCAAAAGAAUUGAAGAACUGAAAAGAAGUACUGAUCAAUCUUUGGAACCUGAGCGGUUGGAAAGGCAAAAAAAGAUAUCUUGGUUAAAAGAGAAAGUAAAGAGUUUACAGGAUCAAGAAAUUACUGUCAAUCAAGAUAUUGAACAGUUUCAGCAAGCCAUAGAGAAGAACAAAGAAGAACAUACCAGAAUUAAGAGAGAAGAAUUAGAUGUAAAGCAUACACUGAACUACAACCAGAAGCAACUGAAAGAACUGAAAGAUAGUAAAACGGAUAGACUGAAAAGGUUUGGGCCUCACGUUCCAGCUCUGCUUGCCGCAAUAGACGACGCUCACAGGCGCGGACAGUUCACCUAUAAGCCUAUAGGCCCUUUAGGAGCUUGCAUUCACCUUCGGGACCCUGAGCUUGCUUUGGCUAUUGAAUCCUGUCUGAAAGGUCUUCUGCAGGCCUAUUGGUGUCAUAAUCAUGCUGAUGAAAGAGUACUUCAAGCACUGAUGAAAAAGUUUUAUUCACCAGGGACCUCAAGGCCACAGAUUAUUGUUUCUGAGUUUCGGAAAGAAAUGUAUGAUGUAAGACACAGAGCUGCCUAUCAUCCAGAGUUCCCAACAGUUCUCACAGCUUUAGAAAUCGAUAACGCGGUUGUUGCCAAUAGCCUCAUUGACAUGCGGGGGAUAGAAACAGUGCUGCUAAUCAAAAAUAAUUCUGUAGCGCGUGCAGUAAUGCAAUCCCAAAGGCCACCCAGGAAUUGUAGAGAAGCUUUCACUGCCGAUGGCGAUCAGGUUUUUGCAGGACGUUACUAUUCAUCUGAAAACACAAGACCUAAGUUCCUGAGCAGAGAUGUGGAUUCUGAAAUAAGUGACCUGGAGAAUGAGAUUGAAAAUAAGAAGGCUCAGAUAUUAAAUCUUCAACAACAUUUGUCUGCCCUUGAAAAGGAUAUUAAGCACCAGGAAGAAAUUCUUAAAAGGUGCCAACUACAUUAUAAAGAAUUAAAGAUGAAAAUUAGAAAAGGUAUUUCUGAAAUUCGGGAGCUUGAAAAUAUAGAAGAACACCAAUCUGUAGAUAUAGCAACGUUGGAAGAUGAAGCUCAGGAAAACAAAAUCAAAAUGAAAACGGUUGAAAAAAAUAUGGAGCAACAAAAGGAAAAUAUGGAACAUCUUAAAAGUGUGAAAGUAGAAGCAGAAAACAAGUAUGAUGCAAUUAAGCAGAAAAUUAAUCAAUUAUCAGAGCAAGCAGAUCCUCUUAAGGAUGAGUUAAACCUUGCAGACUCAGAAGUAGAUAACCAGAAGCGAGGAAAACGGCAUUAUGAAGAGAAACAAAAGGAACACCUGGACACUCUGAAUAAAAAGAAACGAGAACUGGAUAUGAAAGAAAAAGAGCUUGAGGAGAAAAUGUCACAAGCAAGACAGAUCUGCCCAGAGCGAAUAGAAGUGAAAAAGUCAGCAUCAAUCCUAGACAAAGAAAUUAACAGAUUAAGACAAAAGAUACAGGCAGAGCAUGCUAGUCAUGGAGAUCGAGAAGAAAUAAUGAGGCAGUAUCAAGAAGCAAGAGAAACCUAUCUUGACUUGGACAAUAAAGUGAAGACUUUAAAAAGGUUUAUUAAAUUGCUAGAAGAAAUAAUGACCCACAGAUACAAGACUUACCAGCAGUUUAGAAGGUGCUUAACUCUACGAUGCAAAUUAUACUUUGACAACUUAUUGUCUCAAAGAGCUUAUUGUGGAAAAAUGAAUUUUGACCACAAGAAUGAAACUCUCACUAUAUCAGUUCAGCCUGGAGAGGGGAACAGAGCUGCCUUCAAUGACAUGCGAGCCUUAUCUGGAGGUGAACGUUCUUUUUCCACAGUUUGCUUCAUUCUUUCUCUGUGGUCCAUUGCCGAAUCUCCCUUCAGAUGUCUGGAUGAGUUUGAUGUCUACAUGGACAUGGUCAACCGAAGAAUUGCAAUGGACAUGAUACUCAAGAUGGCAGAUUCCCAGCGUUUCCGACAGUUUAUCUUGCUCACCCCUCAAAGCAUGAGCUCACUUCCAUCAAGCAAACUAAUUAGGAUACUUCGGAUGUCUGAUCCUGAAAGAGGACAAACUACACUACCCUUCCGACCUGUGGCUCAAGAAGAGGAAAAUGAGCGAAGUUGAUUUGUAACUUAAUGCGCCAUGUCGUCAUGUGGAAAGAUUUGUUAAAGGGAAAGUCAGUUUUGGACUAUUUGAUGAAAUAAAAUGAUACUGAAGAUACUCCUAAGAAAAUCCUUUAUAUAUCUUACCCCAGCAAAAUAUGUAAAUAAGCCUACAAAACAAACAAUAACCAGCAAUUUAAAAUUACUAUUUGCAUUACUAUGAGAAAAUCAGUUUCAUAGGUCUGGUUUUAAAUCUUGUUUGUUUUUACUUUUGUUUUUGUUAACCAUCUACUUUUAUAGAUUCUUUUUCAGAAGCAAUUUUGUACAUAUGUACAUGUACAUACCUGUUUAGUUUGGGUUAAUUUCUAUAGUGUUUUGUAAGAAUUAAAAUAAAAGUUUGAGCACCUGGUUAUAUUUAGUUUUGCUUUCCAGAAUCACAUCUCACAGCAGGGGGAGCACACGGGCACUCUGAACAGGGACCAGUUUUAUACAGUGGGCUUCUUGUCGCUUUGCUCUGAGGCUCCCUACCUGCUGACUCACGGACUUCGGGCAGAACCCCUGCACCCGCACAGGCAGAUUUUAAUCCCAAGUUGACAACCUAGAUCUGGAGUAUACUUUUAAUUCCUGUGUUUCGUCUCAUUUAAGAUGCUCUCUGUGUAUCACACUUCAGCACUGCCAAGCCCAACACCGGGCCUUUGCUCCGUCUAGUCGCUGUCAUGUACCGGGCUGCGUGUCUGCACCCUGUCGGAUCUGGAGUGGGACAAACUCUCUUGCCUGCUGACCCUCAGUGGGCUUGGUCUCAGCCCUUCCUGUUUGACGUCCAGGAGCUCCCCAGCUCUGGCUCAGCUGAGCAGUGCUCAGACCUGAAGGAUGUGUAGUCCAGGAGAAGAAAAGUAAACUGGGAGCACUAGAAGCGGAGGGAGGCUCCUCCUGGAGCAGGAAGUAGGAACCAAAGGCCAAGUUGUCAGUUGGAGCUGACAUGAAUGAUGAAACAUAAUGUGGUCUUGGAGAUAGAAAAAAAAAGUGUGUCAAGAUCGGUAAACAUGUGCUCUAUUGUGGGAAAGGAAUUGAUGAACUUUUUAAAGAAAGUACCAGUAUUCCUGCCAGUAUUUUCUGUUUGAUACUAAAACUUUUUAAAAAUGCAUUGCUGUCUAACCAAAAGCAUUCCUUGUAUUACUAGCAAUAAAUGUUUUGUUAAAUUCCAAAGGAAGUAUUUUAAAGUUUUUUAAAAAAAAUAUUUUUAAAGCAGUGAUACUUUUCAGUUACAAAGAAAAGCUGAAUUUUGGUUUUGGUGGGCAAUGGUAGUCUGAUUUAGUCUUUAAGUUCAGAUCUGACAUGAGAAGUCUAAAUACUUGUACAGAAAGAUAUACCUUCUGAAUAUCUUAAACAUCUUCAGUAAGCAUAUAAAGUCAGAUUUUUUUAAGUUACAUUUGUAGCAUUUGUAUCAAAACUAUUUUAACAUACAUGUGCUUUUUCAAGUUAAAAAAAUGUAGAAUAUGCCAAAUGCAAAUACUUAUAUUAGCUUAAUAAUUUUGUGUCUAAAUUUUUGUGACAAUUUUUUAAUGCUGUGGUUCUUAAUACAGAGUGGGAAAAAUAUUCCUCAUGACUAAUAAUUCCUCAGAAAAAAAAAUUCUUCAAUAAAUAUCUCUGUUGAGUCGAAACAUUA